GCUGCAUAAAAGCCACUUGGUUCCUGCUCAUGUAACCCAAUGUGUGUCAGAAGACAACUGUGUUUCAUGGAGUUUUUGAUGGUUGAGUAUUGCCAGGAGGAGAAACUUGUCGUUUUCUUCUGAGGUACCUCUGAAUUUAAACUUUCAGCCUUUUAGGUGUUAACCAUUUGCACCACCUAGGGGCUGGAGAGCAGGAAAUGCUGGAGAUCUGGCUUGUGACUAGUCAGAAGUAUUCUGAAGAAUUUGGUGUUUAAAGCGUUGAGAGAAUAGCCUUCAGUUGUUCAUGGAGUUUUUCAUCAGUAUGUCUGAAACCAUUAAAUAUAAUGACGAUGAUCAUAAAACUCUGUUUCUGAAAACACUCAACGAGCAACGUUUGGAAGGAGAAUUUUGUGAUAUUGCCAUCGUGGUGGAAGAUGUGAAAUUCCGAGCACACAGAUGUGUCCUGGCCGCUUGCAGCACCUACUUUAAAAAGCUCUUCAAGAAACUUGAGGUCGAUAGCUCUUCGGUAAUAGAAAUCGAUUUUCUUCGCUCAGAUAUAUUUGAAGAGGUCCUGAACUACAUGUACACAGCCAAGAUUUCCGUCAAAAAAGAAGACGUCAACUUAAUGAUGUCGUCGGGUCAGAUCCUGGGUAUCCGCUUCUUGGAUAAACUCUGUUCCCAAAAGCGGGACGUCUCCAGUCCGGAGGAAAGCAACGGCCAGUCCAAGAGCAAGUACUGCCUGAAGAUCAACCGGCCCCUGGGCGAUGCCGCCGACCCGCAGGAUGACGAUGUGGAGGAAAUCGGAGACCAGGACGACAGUCCUUCUGAGGGCACGGUGGAAGGCACCCCCCCGAGCCAGGAGGACGGCAAGUCCCCCACGACGACGCUCAGGGUGCAGGAGGCGAUUUUGAAAGAGCUGGGAAGUGAGGAAGUCCGCAAAGUUAAUUGCUAUGGCCAAGAAGUAGAAUCCAUGGAGACCCCGGAGUCGAAAGAUCUGGGCUCCCAAACCCCUCAGGCCUUAGCCUUUAAUGAUGGGAUGAGUGAAGUGAAAGAUGAACAGACCCCAGGCUGGACGACCGCCGCCAGCGACAUGAAGUUUGAGUAUUUGCUCUACGGGCACCACCGGGAGCAGAUUGCCUGCCAAGCCUGCGGCAAGACGUUUUCCGACGAAGGCCGGCUGCGGAAGCACGAGAAACUGCACACCGCCGACCGGCCGUUCGUGUGCGAAAUGUGCACGAAAGGGUUCACCACGCAGGCCCACCUGAAAGAACACCUGAAAAUCCACACGGGCUACAAGCCUUACAGUUGUGAGGUGUGUGGGAAGUCGUUCAUUCGUGCCCCGGACCUCAAGAAGCACGAGCGGGUCCACAGUAACGAGAGACCCUUCGCCUGCCACAUGUGCGACAAGGCCUUCAAACACAAGUCCCACCUCAAGGAUCAUGAACGGAGACACAGAGGGGAAAAGCCUUUUGUCUGUGGCUCCUGCACCAAGGCCUUUGCCAAGGCCUCCGAUCUGAAAAGGCACGAGAACAAUAUGCACAGCGAACGGAAGCAGGUGACCCCCAGUGCCAUCCAGAGCGAAACCGAGCAGCUGCAGGCAGCGGCCAUGGCAGCCGAGGCGGAGCAGCAGCUGGAAACGAUCGCCUGUAGCUAGAGGUCACGGACCAGAGCUCUUUGCCCGGGAGGCGGAGAUCACGAGGACUGGGAUCCUAAUCACUAAAUGCCCGUGGGGGUGGGAGAGAAAUUGCCGUGGCACUGGACCCUCCUGGGCUCAAGGCAGUACUGGGUUAGGGAUUUUUAAAACUUUUCCUAGGUUCUGAACAAACCACUGCCCUGCCUGGGGUCUAGUAUUAACAUUGCCAGCAAGUUCUUUCUAGCCCUCCUACCCCGACCCCCUUUUUUAAUGGUUUUAAUUUGAGAACUCUGGUGUCUAGUUUAGAAGUGAGAAACUUCUGGUCCAUUUUUUAAACCACUCACGCUGCACCGUGAGUGCACCGUACAGAAUCAUGAUUGAGUAACUUGAUUUCUUGCUCAUCACACCGACAUGUGACUUACGGUCAAAACAGCAGUUUUAAUAACAAAAGUGCUCCACACAGCUGCAGAAAAUCCCGGUGGUUAGUUGGCACCACGAACGCUGCGCAAAUAUAGAAAAUAGAGACUGGUGUUACAUUUAUAUUUGAUUUGCUCAUUUUUUAUCCAUGUUUUCACUUUGUGUGUGUGUGUGGACAAAUAAUGGUUGCUUUGCUGAGGUAUUUCUCCAUUUGGAUUGUCCCAUACCUGCUCUGAAAGUUGUACCAGAGGCUGAACAAACCCCUAGAUAUGGAGGCCUUCGGCUGAGUUCUUAAUGUUCCCCAUCUUUUGGUCACUGCUCUUUGGCCAAAAGCGGGGCCACCAGUGAGAAUAGUAGGGGGUAAAUUAGAGCCUGGGCAAGGCUUGCCACAUUUUGAGCAAUCCCAAGAUCUAAUAGAUCAAAGUAAUUGCUCAUUGCUUUUGAGAUUUGGUUUUUAUUUUCAAUCAGAACUAGAACAAGCACAGGUAUGCUUCUUCAAACACAUUUGAAUAAGUUACCAGAAAGCCUUCGAACCUGCGGCUCUCGGCAGCACCUGUAAGAUCCCUAAAAGUGAUGCAAUAUGCUUGAUGAAUAAAGGUAGACUCUUAAGUGUGUAAAUAAGGUAGAACUGUAGGUUUUAUGUAUUUCAAGUAAAAGUAGAUGGCUGCACUCGUUUUGCACAUUGGAUUAAAGUAACUUCCAUCACCAGUGAACAUCAGAGUGUUUUAACCAAUGUUAAAGAUUGUCAGACCAAAUGCCUAUGUUUUUGAAUUAUAUUUCAUCACAGGUGACAGUUUUAAAUAGAAGUUGAUUGGCUUUUCCUAGCCACAAAUUUGAGUGAAAAUUCUGUUACAGUUUUGGUGUACUAAAUGUUCCUUUUAACUGUUUCUUUAGGAAUAUAUUGAAAUGCCAAUAAUAGGUUGAAUUAUGUUCUAUAAUAAAAUACUAAUCUGUUUUUUAGAAUAUGUACAAUUUUAGGAAAAUACCAACUUUUAAUUCAUUUUUUUUGUUGCUAGAUUUUUUUCAAAGAUACAUUAAAGUAACUUCAUUUCAUAGCUUGUUGCAUUUACACCUGUAAUUACUAUUGUGGGAGAAAUUUUGCUUUGUUUUUUUAAUUGGCAUUGAUGUUAUGCCCAAGGUUUUAGGAUGAAGAUGCUGCCUUUUAAAGAAUUUAUUUAUUGGUCAGAUGUUUAAUUUAGUUUAAUUUAAUUGUUAUUUCAAAAGUUGUUGUGUACUAAAAGUAGUCCUGUCACUGUGUUUAUACGCUGGUAGUUGAAGGGGAACUGAUCGAUGUUCCUAGGCUGUUUUAACCAAAGCAAGGGAAAAAUAAGUUGACAUCCUGUCUGUAGGUACUUCAACAAACCAUUUUCUGGGCCUUCAUUUUUGUAUAUAAAAGAAAAUAUGCUUA